AUGUGGUGGGGGUGCAGGAUAUAAAGACCAAAGGCAGCGAAGUGAAAGCAGAUCAAGAGAGAGAGAAGCAGUUCCUUCACUGUGAGAAACUAGCUGAUUCCAUCAAACCAGAAUGAAAACUUUCCUGCUUGCCAUUGCUGCUGUGCAGAUCCUCUACUGCUCAGGAAUGCCAAGCACCAAAGAAGCUCUGAGAGCCUCGGUUAUAAAGCUGAAUGAAAUCACCGAGAUCACCAACCUCUGUGGUAUCUCCAGGGGAGGUGUGACAAAUACAUAUCGUACAGGUAAACUAUCCUACAGUGUGGAUUUAACAUUCUCUGUGAAAGAAACUGACUGCUCCAAGAAUUCUGGACAAGAAUUUGAUGAUCCCAGUUGUUCUUUCCGCCCUAAAAACAUUGCGGGGAAAGGGUUUUGCAAAAGCCAUGUGGAAUUUUUUGCUGAUAAGGUAGCUGACGUUGAUGUGGAGUGUGACGGUCUGAAGACAGUUGACAGUGAGAGUGACUCAACAGAAUCGAGUGAAAACAGUAUUGAGGCACAAAGGCAAUCAAAAGAAAAAUCACUUGAGGAAAUCUCAGAUGUGAGAAGCAGAUCAGAAGAAACUUCACCAGAAAUAUCUUCAAAUGAAGAAGACAAAUCAAAAGAGACAUCUCUUGAGGAGUCAGUUGAUGUCAAGAGCAAGUCAAAAGAGACAUCAGUCGAGGAGUCUUCUGAUAUGAAAAGCAAGUCAACAGAAUUAUCAUUGGAGGAGCCUUCAAACGAACAAAAUGAGGACUCGCGAUCCCGUCACUAACCAUGAAUGGAACUCCACAGAGUCUGAACUCAAUGUGAACACAAGAAGACCUCAUUCAGAAUCUACAAGAUGUUAACAAUUAUACUGAAUUUACUGAUUACAAGACUAAGGGGCCUGGAGCUCCUGAUUGUAAAUUUUAUUGUAAAUGGGAAUUUGAUUGUUUGUAAAAUGUUCUGUCCUUUGUUGUAUA